AUGCUUUUGGCAGGUGGUGGUUCCAUUUAUGCAUUAAUUCUGAUCGCAGCCAAAGACAUGCGGUGGAGCAUCACCACCGCCCCUGCAGAAGUAUCUUGGGAAGUUGGGAAGAUGCUGCGUCGUCCAGAUAAAUGUGCUGGUAUGUCAUACAUGUUAUGGAAGAUCAUACCUAUUAUUGCUGCAUUGAGGAAGCGCUUUCCCUUGAGCAUGCCCAAUGUGAUCAAUGGGUCCGUCUCUCACCAGCUGGACUGUACAUGCAUCAGAUAUAUUGACCGCUUCAUUGAUUCUGUACCAAUCAAGUGA